AUGGCUACAGGUGUAUAUGUUCUUCGAGCAAGUUAUCAUUCUAAUAUUUUGGAGAAGCCUAAUAUUAGGGAACUUUUUGGUGGAAGUGGUCAGUUUCAAGAAAUGAGUUUGGCACGCCCAGGUGAUACUAGAUGGGGCUCACAUUUAUUGACAGUUACUCGUUUCAUUAAUAUGUUUAAUGCUAUUAUAGAUGUUCUUGAGAAUAUAUCAGAAGAUGGCGUACAUUCAGAUCAAAAAUCUUUGGCCUUAAGACAGAUGAACAAUAUGCAAGAUUUUGAGUUUGUGUUCAGUCUUCAUUUUAUGUUUGAAAUUCUUGCAAUUACAGACGACCUUUCACAAGCCUUACAGAAAAAGGAUCAGGAUAUUCAGAAUGCUAUGAGGUUAUUGAAUUUGUGUAAGUGUGCAUUGCAGAACUUGAGAGAGAAUGGUUGGGAUACUUUAUUCAGUAGGGUGAUUGAGUUUUGUGUUGAUAGACAUAUUUUAGUGCCUAAUAUGGAGGAUAUUGUAGUGGUGAAAGGUCGACCUAGGCGUGUAGCUCAACAGGUGACUUAUUUUCAUCGCUUUUAUGUUGAUUUGUAUUGUCAUGUGAUAGACUCAAUCUUGCAAGAGUUGAAUGAUCGAUUUCCAGAAACAACUACUGAGCUCUUUACUUGCAUUUCAUGUUUAAGUCCAAGAGAUUCAUUUGCAGCUUUCAAUAAGGAUAAAUUGCUACGUUUUGCUCAGUUCUAUCCUUUGGACUUCAAUAGUGAAGAACUUUUAUUACUUAGACCUCAACUUGAUAAGUUUCUUUUGCUUGUGAGAAUGGACGAAGCUUUCUUUAAUCUCAAUAGUAUAUCCUGUGUAGCUCAGAAGGUAUUUUCUGCUAUGAAUCUAAUCAAGAGUGAUUUGCGCAACAAAAUGAGUGAUAUCUGGUUGAAUGACAAUUUGGUGGUUUACGUGGAGAAAGCUGUUUUUAAACAAAUUGAGAAUGAAGCAAUAUUGCAACGUUUUCAAAUUAUGAGACUCCGUAGAAUACAGUUGUCUAAGUUUACAGUUACAGAGUAA